AUGAAUACUAAUCAAGGGAACAGCCCGUUGGGUGGUAACAGUACUUCUGACAUUUCUCUUCUCAGACAUUUCCCUAAUCCCAAUGCUGAGGCACAGCAGGAAGGAAUACAGAGCACGGAUGAAGGAGGAGAAAGCUAUUCAGUAACUUUACUUAAUGAAGUGGAUAGAACUAUGGAUACAAAUACGACAGUUCAAUAUACUGUAAGUCCCACAAGAGAAGAGUUAGAUGCCGUUCAUCAUGAGUGUUCUCUCCGGGAAACAAUAGAGAUGAGAGAAGCAGAGAAUGAAUCACAGAAUGUAAAUGUACGGAGAGUAACUUUUGUAGAAAAUAAAAAAGAGAUGCCGGAUGUAUUAGAGAUGAGCGAAACCACUAAUACUACUAAUACUACCACUAAUAAUAAUAAUAAUAAUAAUAAUAAUAAUAAUACUCUGGGGAUGCGUAAUAGCAUUAGUGCCAUUUCAUCCGAUUUCCCAUCUACUUCACUCUCUGGAGUACAAGUAGAAGAAAGACAACAACGAGAAGAACAAGAGUUACGCACACACGCAGAGGAUCACAUGGGCGAUGAUGUCACUAUGCUUGAUUUCCUGCGAGAUGCGCGUGAUGCCUUUGUGCCUGCGACUGUUGUGAGUGUCGUCGACGACGGCGUGGAUCUCGUCAGCCGCUCGGCGCAGUUCAUCACACGUAAUGUUCCCGAUCCCGUGAAGUCUGCAGUGACUUUCACUGGCCAUCACAUUGUGCAAUUCGCCAGCCGCACGGGUGAUUUGGUGGAGCGUGCCCCGGAUGCGGUGAUUAAUGUGAUUCCAGAAGCCAUCAUGUCUAAAGAGACGAAGAAACUUCUCUUUGUAGACUUUAGUAAUGUACUUCGGUGUUUCUUCCAUACAAAUGUUCUCUCUAUACCGUAUAUAUUUCGCACGGCUGGACUUAUUGGUGGUCUUGUGCUCAUUACGGUGGUUUCUUUGGUUUCUCUCUACUGCACGGAGGCCUUUUUUGCGGCGAAGAAUCAACUCCGCGAUGCCGCCUUUCGAGUGGUGAUUUACGGCGAUGUUCCCCGUUUAACGUGGGGUGUUUGGUAUCCCUCCGUGAACUUAUUUUACGGUGCGGUGCAUCUCAUUGGAUUUCUCGCCUUUGCGGGGGGAAAUGCACGGGUGUUGUUGCGACAGGCGGAGGGGCCGCUGCCGGCAUUUCUGCCCGCACUUCUCGCCGCGCCGAUUGCAGUUCUGCGGGGAAAUCGCGGGCAGCGGGCACUCGGGGUGUUGUCGAGUCUACUCGUAACGGCUGGCGUUAUUCUUAUGCUCGCCACUCUUCCACGUGUAUCCUCUAAGAAGGAUGAUAAUAAUAAUAAUAAUGAUAAUGAUAAUAAUAAUGAUAAUCGUAUUGCCCUUGGGCCGGCGACGGUGUUGGAUAUGUUUACAGCACUUGGAGUGGCGGUGUAUGCGUUUACGGGCAUUGGAUCUGCGGUGCCUGUUGAGCGUGGAAUGGGAACUGUGCGGUAUAUACGACUGUUGCGAGUGGCGAUGUUGUUAGCGGCUUUAGUUCUAGUGGGAUUUGGACUUGUUGGGUUUAUUACAUACGGCUCCCACACCUGUGCGGUUAUUACGAAAUCUCUUCAUAAAGGACCGGCCACAACGGCGGUGUCUGCAUUACUGGCGGUGGCCUCUGUUACCAUUAUCCCACUCCAACUCUUUCCACUGGCGGAGGUAAUGGAUAGACGUAUACUUGGCAUUCGGCAGGGUGUUCAAUAUAAAGGAUAUGCCCCGUGUGUGAUGCGAUUAGCCACACUUGCUGGAUGUGCAUUAGUGGCCUAUGUUGUGCCGUAUUAUGGACUUAUUCUUGCCAUUGCGGGUGCCUUUGGGUGUGGCAUUGUUGGUAUUAUUGUACCUGCCAUGUUAGACUAUGUGAGGCGUAGACGUACGGCUUUACAUGAGGGACGUAUGUUGUUUUGGUGGGAAUAUGUGAUUUGUUUCUCCAUGGGGAUAUUUGGAGUGUUUGUAGUGGUGGUUGGUGUGGCAUUUGGGAUGUAUAACCUGUGGAUUAAUAUACAGACAGACUCCACUGGUACGUGUUAG